CAACUAGUGAAUCGGAGAACGCCGUGCCGGACAGUUCAAAUCCUUUGCUCGUUUCGUGAAGUCAGGGAGCACCUACGGUAUUUUAAAUCACGGCAAGACACUCCAGCGAGUAAUAAUAGCAAAAACAAAAGAAUACAGGCGGCAAUUACGCGAAUUAGCUACGAAGUAUAAUUACACUGAAUGUAGUGUGUUGAGAUAAAUUGUGAUCUCUUCGGUGUCCCUUACGGUUCAUUAAUAUGAACGGGACAAAGAAGUCUGACAACGAUGAGGUUCUGUACCUGAACGAGAUUAAUGACGAGGUGUCGAAGCCUUUGACGUCCGGUGACGCGGAGGCAGUUCCAUCCGUACAUCUGCGUGCCGGCUUCGUCGCGGAUGGAGAUCUUGUAAACAAUUCAAGGAGGCCGUCAUUGGGCGGAACGGAGACUGACGAGCACGAUAAGAAGCCAUCAGCGCAGUCAAUCGGCUUCGACAGUGGAGACGGACCGGAAUUUUCUGGGCACCCGCCCGGAUGGUCCGGCUUCCCGGAUCCUGCGUUAAAUACCAUUAUCACCCCCGAUGUGAACGUCUACCAGCACAAGAAGACCUUGGCUCAGGGUAUGAUGGACCUGGCAUUGCUGUCCGCGAACGCGAAUCAGAUGCGCUACGUUCUCCAAACGGAUGAGAGGCACCCAUACUUCUAUCCAGCACUCGUCAUGAUCAGCAUGAGCUUGUUCUUGCAGAUCGCCGUGGGCAUCGGUCUCAUAUGGAAUAGCAUCUACAAUGUCAAGGAACACGAGGAAAUGUGCAAAGCUAACCAAGCCAACAAUUGGACGGUUAUUGGUAUUUUCCUUGUCACAGUACUCAAUGUUUUCAUUUCAUCAUUCGGCGUUGUUGAUCAGCCCGUCGCUGUCACAGCAUAAUAAUUUCUUUUUUUCUUUGCCUUUGAUGCUCUCUUUCUCUUUCUCUGAGAGAAAUCUCAACGGUACGUAAUCGUUGCGCGCAAAGUGAACGACCAGAUAAAAUAUCUCCGUUGUUUUUAUGUGAUACCACUAAGUUUAAUUCUGAUUACGUACAAAAACUUUGUAAUGCGUUUGCACUAUGUGUUUCUGCCUUGAAAAUAUGUAUAUUUUAUUAUUUGAAAAAUAAGAUGCAAAAAUUGGAACAAAUAUAAAAAAUAAAUUUAGCAUUCUAAAUGCGUGUACCUGAACGGUAGCCACGAUUAAGCCUCGAUAAGUUAUUUGAAGUUAAAAAGUAAGCAAUUUGUUUAUAUUAGUUAUUUUAGAAUCAGAGGGAAUUUUUUAAAAUUUUAUUUUUCACAAAACUGCACACAUUUAUAUUUAAAUAUUAAAUUUUUCAAAACUUUUUCUUCUUUUUGUUAUAACUUAAGAAAAAAAAUUACAAAUCAGAAAAAAAACUUCCACGAUUUAAUAUUGAAUGUUAUUAAAAAUAUUGCUUUAAACAAAUUAAUCGAAUAAAUAAUGAUAUUUGAGUUAUUGUGGCCAUUACUUUAAACAGAAAAUGUGUUUAAAGUGUUUAAUAACAUUUUUUCAAGGUAAUUUUGAUUUUUAUUUUUUUUUAACAAAUAUGCAUAUUUUCAAAAUAUAAUUUACAUAUCUAUCUCUUUAAACAAAAGUUUUGUAUAAUGUUGAAAAAUAUCCUAUUUUUCGAUUCGUCCUAUAAUUCCUGUGUGCAUACUAAUCAUCAGAUGCAUUUGACAUGAAAAAUAGAGUUUAAGAUUUUUUUCUAUUUUACUUUCGAAGUUUCUUAUUGCAUACUGAUUUUUAUGUCAGAAGCGAAAAGCUACGUGUAAAUCUUUUCGUCAAACAUUUUCUCAUUAGCAUAAAAACUAUUUUUAGAUUUUGAGAUUAAGACUCAUUCUGCACGCUCACAUUGUUGUAAAUUACACUCAUGUAAAUUCAUUCAUGUAUGAAACUCGUUGCAAUACGUAAUUAAUUUAAAGUAAUAUAUAAUUUAAUAUGCAAUUUUUUUAUCUCAAAAUAGUAAUAAGUUAUGUAAUGUUUAUCACAUAAGAAUAAAUAAAUCUUUUUUUAUGUGA